GCCGACUAAAAGUUAAUUUUAUAUAAAAUGUGGGGGAGCAAUGUCAAUUACACUAUUGAUUAUGGACUAUUCUGUAAAUUUAAAAUAAUCUGGGGCUUAUGUCAUCAACACACAAAUUGCAACACUAUCACACAAAAAAAAACGCCGUCAUGGAGGAAGACGACGAUCGGAGCUUCGCUACCGAAACCCUAGACGAGGCGUUGAAGAAGAAGAAGCACGAUGACAUGCUCGAACGCUUCUCUGCUCGCCACACCGCUAGAAAAUCCGAUUCACCUGACUCCUCUUCCACGUUUGAAUCGACCUCCUCGUUCCUCUCCCGAUUCGCCGAUUCAAAACGAUCAAUCGAGUCUCGAAUCGCCGAGUUACGACUCGCCGCCGAUUCAUCCAAGAUCAAAUCGGAUCUCGCGGAGAUCUCAUCAUCGAUCAACGAUCUCGAGAGCCUCGUCGCAGCCAGCUCAUACUUCCUCCCUUCCUACGAGGUUCGAUCAUCUCUCAAAUCCGCAUCGGAUCUCAAACAGUCUCUCGAAUCCCUCUCCAGCGAGUUACUCCCGAAGAAGAAAUUCUCCUUCAAGACCAAAUCGUCUCCCUCCACCACCGCAAAGAUCGAGAAACGCGAUCUCGUUUCACCUCAAAACGUCACCGUAUUCGUUCGCGACUCUCCAGGAUUCAGAAACAAACACGAAGAAACUCUUACAAAAACCUUCAAAUCAUCCUCGCCGUCGAUUGGAGAAUUCACGUUGUCAGAUCUCGACACGUGUCAAGUGAAAUUAAUCGGGACGGUCAACGCUCUCUUCAUUAACGGAUUGAGAAACUGCAAGGUGUACACGGGGCCAGUGAUCGGUUCGAUUCUGUUAGAUGACGUGGAGGAUUGUGUGUUUGUGAUGGCGUCGCAUCAGAUUAGGAUCCAUCGUGCGAAGAAAUGUGAUUUUUAUUUGAGAGUUAGGAGUCGUCCGAUAAUUGAAGAUAGUAAGGGAGUUAGAUUUGGGCCGUUCUGUUUGGAUUACGGAGGGAUUGAGGAGGAUUUGAAGAUGGCGGGGUUGGAGGAAGAGAGUGAGAGCUGGGCUGAUGUGGAUGAUUUCUUGUGGCUGAGAGCUGUUCAGUCUCCUAACUGGUCUGUGUUGCCCGAAGAAGAGAGGAUUGCUUCGGUUUCUAUUUCCAGCGAUGGCGAUUCUUGAUUCGAAUAAUGCAAGUCAUCUUUAAAGGCUCGGUGUUUUUGUAUUCGAGAUUAUACUCUUGAUUAUGUUUGAUUGUCAUGACUUGAAUCAUUUGGAGAAUAUUAUCUCAGAAUCAUGAGAAUGUUUUGCUUGUUAUCUUGGUUCAUGGUGAUGGAAACUACUAACCGAAAAAACAGAAAAUUUUGGUUCGGUGGGGUUAAUUUCAACGGGCCUAGUUACAG